UUAGAGCACCACCAACGUCUACAGUUGUAUAUCCAAUCGUUUCAAGAUUUUUAAACUGAAAAACUGGACACAAAUAACUUUACAACGGCUGAACAAAGCCUAAAAGUUCUGGGUAUCACGAGACUACUUGCGAAAAGGAGGGUUCUAGAAGCCAGAGCGAAGCUAGGCUCUAACUAAGCGACGUGCGCUGUCACUUGACGGUCGGAAGUGUGUUCGUGCGCAUAGCAAAACAUCUUCGACCUGGUGUCACUAGGCCUAGCUUAUUACUUUCAGAUCUGUUGGGAGUGAGGAGACUGUUUCUAGAUUUUACGAACAUAUUCUCACAAUGACACAGGAGAUCAAAAAGCAUUUCCACAUGCUAAUGGAAACAGUUGAUGGCCUUGAUGCCAUUGUUGUUUCAGAUGCAGAUGGUGUUCCUGUACUCAAAGUUGCGAAUGAAAGCACACCAGAACAAGCUCUCCGACCAAGCUUCUUGUCCACAUUUGGUUUGGCCAGUAACCAAGCCAGCAAGCUCGGACUUCACAACAAUAAAAUUAUCCUGUGCACAUACCAGAAUCACCAGGUUAUUAUGUUCAACAAGUUACCGGUGGUAAUCACAUUAAUAGCAAAGUUAGAUGCCAACUGUGGUAUGUUAAUAGCACUGGAGGAAUCCUUUGACGAGGUCUUACAGGAGUUGAAAACUGCUGUUGAUGUUCCUGCAAAUAGUUGAGCUUAGUUGGGAAGAGAUGUCUCAGGGAAGCUUGGCUUUUUUUUUUUUUUUUUUUUUUUGCUAUGUCAACAGUGAUGUCAUAUGGAGCACUUUAUGACUGUUCAAUUUGCUCCACAACAUCUUACACCUGUUACAUAAAAUGUAUCUGCCAGGGUUUUGUGCAAACUGUUUUCCAGACAAAUACAGCAACAAAUGUACAUGAACAAUAUACAAAGGCAAUGUGUUGACCCAUUUUUAUUUUAAAAUAAUUUCUUUGACUUCAUAAGAAAUACAAUUUACCAUUCAUUUCUGUGAACAGAGGUAUUCAAAAUGGGUGGAUAGAAUUAGAACACUGAAUAUAUACAGUAAUAUCAGGUGGCAAACACUUGUAAAUUGUUGGUUGUUGGUGUUUAUGAAGUUUCUGGGAGAUCAUGAAGCUUAAAUUGAAAACAAACUUUGUGUUAACACAUGUUUGUUUAUACAGUAUUUAAAAUAGAUGAAGCCCUAAGGACAAUGCAUUCCAAUCAUAAAUCUUUUUAUUUUUUUUUUUUUUUUGGUUAACUUCCUUUAUUGGAGAAUAUUUUUGUACUAUAAAUUUAAGAAUGUACACAAUAGGAAUGAUGAAUUAUGAUUAGGCUAAAAAAACAUUGUUGUGUUGCCCAUGCAUAGUGGUAUUUGGGAAUUUGGGUUGGACUGUUGGCAAUGUUUUUUUGAGUACAGGCCUAACAGUAGUCCUUGUUCUUGGUUUCAAGACCAACCAUUAAUCUCUCUAUACAUUUUGACUGGUAAAUAAAAGAUGGUAACCACAAGGCUAAACACCAUAUUCUGAGAGAGCGGGAUAUAUUUCUAUAGGGCCACCAUAUUUCCAGAGGACUGCUGUAGUUCCAGAGAGCUACCGUAGCUCCAGAGGUUUACUAUAGUUCUACAGGGCUACCGUAGUUCCAGAGUGCUACCAUAGUUCCAAAGGGCUACCAUAGUUCCAGGGGGCUACCAUAGUUCCAGAGUUCUACCAUAGUCCCAGUAGUUCCAGAGGGCUAUUUUAGUUUCAGAGAUCUACUAUAGUUCCAGAGAGCUACCAUAUUUCCAGAGGACAACUGUAGUUCCAGAGAGCUGUCGUAGUUCCAGAGGGCUACUGUAGUUCCAGAGGACAAAAUAUAUAUGUUUAUAUAAUUAAUGAAUUCUUAAUAUCAUGAAUUGAGAAAUAAAAUAAGUUCUACUAAAAUGCUUGUAAGUGGAAA